GGCGAUUAAGACUAUUUCGAUUAUAUAGAUUUUCCUUGAAAUUGGAAUAGACCACGUGAAAAAUGAAACCGUUACUACUUCACGGUCACGAAAGAUCUAUUACACAAAUAAAAUAUAAUAGAGAAGGAGAUUUAUUAUUUUCAUCUGCCAAAGAUCAGCAACCCAAUGUUUGGUUUUCUUUAAACGGUGAACGUUUAGGUAGUUUCAAUGGACAUACUGGAGCUGUCUGGUGUAUAGACGUUGAUUGGGAGACUAGCAAGUUCAUGUCCGGUGCAGCAGACAAUUCAUGGAGAUUGUGGGACUGUCAAACUGGUAAACAAUUGGAAAUAUUGGAAACAAAAUCAGCCGUACGAACAUGCGGAUUCUCGUUUAGUGGAAAUUUAGUGUUUUAUUCUAAUGAUCAAGCUAUGAAUCAAACCUGUGAAUUGUCUAUUUAUGAUUUGAGGGAUUCUAAUCAAAUACAGUUUAAUAAGCCUUUUCUAAGAAUACCUAUGCCAGAGAGUAAAAUAACAUCAGCCAUUUGGGGACCUUACGACGAAUUCAUUGUAACAGGACAUGAUGAUGGUACUAUCUCUCAGUGGAAUAUAGCUGACGGUGCAAUUAUAAAUACGGAAAAAGCCCACACUAAACCAAUAAACGAUUUGCAAUCGUCAAAGGACUCGAGUUUGUUAAUUUCUGCUUCAAAAGAUCUUACAGCUAAGUUGUAUGACUUAUCCUCUUUGGAUUUGUUGAAGACUUACAAAACCGAUAGACCUGUUAAUUCCGCAUCGAUAUCUCCAUGUAAACCACAUGUUGUGUUGGGUGGUGGUCAGGAAGCUAGAGACGUAACAACGACUUCUACACGUGUUGGAAAAUUCGAUGCUAAAUUUUAUCACCUAGUUUUUGAAGAAGAAUUCGGUAGAGUGAAAGGACAUUUCGGACCUAUAAAUUCUGUAGCUUUUCACCCUGAUGGUUCAGGAUAUAGCAGUGGAGGAGAAGACGGUUACGUUAGAGUGCACCAGUUUGAUGAUUCUUAUGAGGACAUUACUUUUGAAUGUUAG